CUCGCUCUGCGCUGGUUCUGGUUCGACCCAACCCAACCCCAACCCUCGCGCCGCCGCUCGCUCUCCCACCGGCCUCCGCCGCGAGAUCGGAAACCCUAUCUAGGGUUUUGCCCGCCGCCGCCGACGCCGACGCCAUGGAGGCCGGCGGGAAGCGGGCCUCUGCGGAGGGCGCCAACGGCGUUGCCGCCAAGCGCGCGAGAGCAUCGGAGUCAUCUCAAAUGGGUGUAGGAAGCAAAUUGAAGCCGUGCACCAAAUUUUUCAGUACUUCUGGAUGUCCGUUUGGUUCAAGUUGCCAUUUUCUCCAUAACUUCCCUGGUGGCUACCAGGCUGUUGCAAAGAUGGCCAACUUGGGUGGGCCAGCUGUUGCAGCUCCCCCUGGAAGAAUGCCUUUAGGACUUGGUGCUCCUAAUGGACCACCUACAUCCAGCGUGAAAACUCGCAUGUGUAACAAGUACAACACUGCAGAAGGGUGUAAGUGGGGCAGCAAGUGUCAUUUUGCUCAUGGAGAGAGGGAGCUUGGAAAGCCGAUGCAGCUGGACAACUCGAUGCCACGUGCAAUGGGAUCAAUCCCCAAUGGUCAGUUUGAGGCUCCACCAAUGCCUGGCCCAGACAUUGUUCCUCCCUCAACCUUUGGUGCCUCAGCCACAGCAAAGAUCAGUGUUGAUGCAUCCCUUGCUGGCGGUAUCAUUGGGAAGGGUGGAGUCAAUACAAAGCAUAUAUCCCGAAUGACUGGGGCCAAGCUAGCCAUCCGGGAUAACGAGUCCAACCCCAACCUUAAAAAUAUUGAGCUUGAGGGGACAUUUGACCAGAUCAAACAUGCUAGUGCUAUGGUCACGGAGCUAAUUGUCCGCAUUAGUGGUAAUACUAAUGCCCCUCCAGCCAAGAACCCAGGAAGGGGGUCACAUGCUGGGGGGCCUGGAAGCAACUUCAAGACCAAGCUGUGUGAGAACUUCAACAAAGGCUCCUGCACAUUUGGAGACAGGUGUCAUUUUGCCCAUGGUGAAAGUGAGCUGCGCAAAUCGGCUGCUGCCUGAGCAACGCUUGUCAUGGCUUGUAGGGAACUAGGCUGCCUACACAUGAGCUCCAAAUAUGGAAAUUGCACAAUGUGAAAUGAACUGUGGCUGCUGCUUCUGCGUUGCACGAGAUAAUUGUCAUGGGCUCAUUGUGAGGAAACUGAUGUAAUCUGGGUGUAGUAGAUUACCGAGAAUGGAUGUGCCCUAAGAGAUUGAUAGGAUUACCCUGUUGGAGUUUUUUCCUUUUAGCUUUUCAGCUAAAUUUUGUACUGCUUUGGAGGCACUUUAAGGUGUCAACUGUCAAGUUACAAUGAUUUCAUUGACUUGGGUGCUGCCUCUGUCAAGUUAUAAUGAUUUCAUUGACUUGGGUGCUGCCUGAACUAUGAUGUUUCUGUCAGUUUCUUGAUCUUACUAAGCCAUUGGCAGUAUGUCACGAUGAACCGAAAUUUGAGUGGCCAUUGUAUA